GGCUCGCCGCGCCGCGCCGUCCCGCUGUCCCGCCCGGCCGUACCAUGGCGCUGAGCGACACGAUCCUGCCCUCCUUCGCCACCUUCGCCAGUCCCUGCCGCGAGAAAACGCUCCACGAAAGGUGGAAGUGUGACCAGGAGGCCAAGACCCCCGCCGGUUCCUGGGGCGGUCUCUCGCCACGCAAAGAAGAUGAAGAUCUCAACAACGUGCUGGAUUUUAUCCUUUCCAUGGGCAGUGAUGGCUAUGGCCAGGGCACGGCCGGUGGGGACUAUCCUCCUGCCCAAGGGGACAACGGCAGCUUUUACCAGACCAACCCGUCCCCGGGAUGCUACAACGCCCUCGAGCAAGGCAGCCCCCCGCCCUACAACGCCAGCAUCAUGCCAGAGAUGAUCCGCUCCGAGAUGGACUCCAACUACUGCCCCCCCAGCAACGUCCAUGGGCGAUUCUUUGUGACACCCAGCUUUGGGGCGCCGCAGUUCGUUGACAGCGUUAAGCCCGAGCCUGACAUGGACAAUUACGGGCCUGUGGUGGGUCUAGUGCCCCAGGCUUGCCCAAAGAUCAAGCAAGAGGGCAAUGCAACCUGCAUGAUGGCCUACGAGCAGCCCCGUGUGGCCAGCUCUCCCCAGAUCCCUGGGGCAGAGACGCCCCCGCUGAGCCCUGACGAUCUCAUGGUGAAUGACUGCCACACGCAGAUGAUGUGCCCCUCGUCCAUGUCCUUCCAGCAAAGCUACCACCCAGCCUCCAGCUUCCACCACCCGCAGACCCAUCUCCAGUACCAGAACACCUCCCAGUUUGGCCUUUUCGAGGACAGCCUGCCCUUACAACCUUCUGCUCCCAGAGGCAUGCUCACCCCUCCUUCGUCCCCGCUGGAGCUACUGGACUCCAAACCAAAACGAGGACGUCGGUCCUGGCCACGGAAGAGGACAGCCACUCACACGUGCACCUACGCAGGCUGUGGGAAGACCUACACCAAGAGUUCACACCUGAAGGCCCACCUGAGGACACACACAGGUGAGAAGCCCUACCACUGCAACUGGGAAGGCUGCGGCUGGAAGUUCGCUCGCUCCGACGAGCUCACCCGUCACUAUCGCAAGCACACCGGGCACCGGCCCUUCCAGUGCCACCUCUGCGACAGGGCAUUCUCCAGGUCAGACCACCUGGCGCUGCACAUGAAGAGGCACAUGUAGCCUGCGAGUCUGCCCACCGCGGACGUUCCUAAACUGCUCAGGUGCAGAAGUGUUACAGACUUGUAGCUGGUACUACGCAGGGAGGCACCGACACUCUCCUGGUGGAAGCUGAGGAGGAUUUGACACAAGGAGACUCAGCCAGGCAUCUCCUGCAGAGAAUCUGACGUGACUCUUAUCAGUGACCCUGCCUGUCCCGGGUGGGAGAACAGGGGUUAUUUAUGCAGCUUCUGUGAAGGGGAAACUCCGUAAGACUCCAUACAUAUUGUAUAGAAGAAGCUGUAAAUAUGGUUUGGUUUUUCCUGAUUCUAGUUGCCUGUUCCUAAGCUUUACAAGACAAUGUUUGUAUGGAAACUGCCUGAAGUUGACCCUAGAAGAGAUUACCUGAAUGUUUCUGUAGCUGAUGAUGUUAUUUUAGCUCUCAGUCGAAGGCAUGGCUAAGAGAACACUCCAACGUUAGACUGUUUUGUUUCACAGGUGCAAUAAUCUUCUUGUCUGCCAUGAGCUACACUAUAAGUACAGGGCUUGAGGUCUUGUAGGAAAGUAACCUAUUUUACUGUAAUUUGUUAAAUAUUUUGUACAUAAUUUUAUACAGUGGGGACUAUUUGUAUGUGUAAAUAGAAGACAAAUGGGUAUUUUGCCUAUUUCUGGUUUUAUAAAAAAUGGCAUUUUUUCAACGGUUGAAAACACCUUUUUAAUAAAAGAACUCUUAAAUUGCUCA